AGUUGGCGUCAAUCCGGACAAGUUGAAAAGUAUUCCAUGCUGCAGCGUCUGCUCCCGCCAGUCAGAAGAGAGCUGCCUAUCCUUUCUGCUACGGGGAUCGAAGUAAGUAGGAAGUAGAGAUAUUCGCACAAGACGCAAAGCAAGCACAAGAUAAAAUACAAUGAAAAAGCAACAAGUGCCGAUUACUUAUUCGGUGUGGGAUCUUGGUGUGGAUCGAUGCUGAUGCUCCAAAGUCCUUUAAAUAGUACUAGUAGCAGCUUUUGACUCUACCGGAGCCUGCUGGAAGCCCUCGCAUCGAGAUUGAUACCACUGCACAAAGACGAAACAGAAGCGGGUUAAGCUUCAGAAUGUUUCGUCGCAAACGCGUGGAGCACUACUUGCGGGAGCAUCAGGAAGACUCGCGUAUGCCGGUGUCAGUUGGGUUUCAGGUUCAAUGGACAAAGGCAGACGGAAUCAUUUUCGCGCCUCCGACAGUGGCGGCCGUGAGAGCAUUCACAUUGUUACUCACUGUCACUACAGGACACAGCACAACGCUCAGUCGCUGCCUGUUUAUGGCCUUUGUAGCUGUCGGUCCGUGAUUUUUUUUCUCAGCAUGCCCACACAAAAAACUAAUAAAGAGUUUAUCAUUUAGAUUCACGUUUAACGUAGCACUAUGCUCAUGGAAUAAACGAAAUCGUUUAUAAUUCCAUGAGCAUGGUGCAUUAUCCUCCCUCGCUCAGAAUGACGAGAACUUGACUAAGAGCGCCGCAGCUCUCGACAUUCCCAAGCGAAUUGAGAUCCAUGUCCAUGCUGUGGAAAACCUAACUGGUGCUUUCAUACCGCUGGACAGUUGUUUGUCCCUGGUCGAUCUGGUGGCCUACUCCAUCAGCAACAUGGUGGGUGCGGGCGUGUUUGUCGUCGUUGGAUCGGCUACCAUCAACGCUGGCGGUGUUCCGGUGGUUGGGAGCUUCUUCCUCGCCAUGCUGCUGUGUUCGUUCUCUGGUCUGGCCUACGCGGAAUUUUCACGGAGCAUCCCGACAUCUGGAUCUGCGUAUGCGUAUGCGGUGAACAACCUAGUUGUCGAGUCGUGCUCGCACUCAGGAACGUAAAGAACGGGAGUUCUGGUGGUCAGCCUUGCCGCCAUGCGUAGCUGUUUAGUUUCAUAGCGCUACGUGGCUCUUGCGAGACAAGGCUUCGAGAAGCUGUCAGCUUAUUUCUUUGCGCAGAUGACAUGGUGGUGGAUCAUUUCUCUCAAAGAAUGUAAAACGAAAAUAAACAGCGCACAGUUUCUUUUGUUCUUCAAGUAGACACUUACACUGCAGGGGUAGGACGAGCGAUCGCGUUGCAUAGUAUACCCCCUACACGUAUUGCACUCUCGGGGAGUUCCCGGCGUUUUUGGUGGCGCACCUGCUUUCACUGUCCUGCUGCAUUGGAGCUGGGAUAGGCGCGCGGGCCUGUAGGGAAGCGAAAAAAUUAUAAUACAAACCUGUCGUCACUAUAUAUAAAGCACCAAAAAUUCACUAAUGACGCUUUAUCUUUGGGGAUGCACGACCGAGCAGGCUGACUCAGCUGCCACAAUAUAAUGACAUAAUUUGCCUUGCAUGCCUUGCUUGCAGCCAACUCCGUGCAAAAUUAGGACGCCGGACGAGCUGUCUCAUCUCUUUACCUCCUUGCAAGAUAACCUACUACAAUGUCAUGUGGAUGUGUUAUAGUACACAGACCACAUCGCAGCUCGACAAGUAGAGGCACCCCGCCCCUUUCUUGUUUGAUACAGGAAGCAGAUAGGUAUGAUUUUUUUUCGCGAUAGCCCGCGCUGGGUAUUUUCGAUCUCUGCUGGAGACCGUGUUUGGCGGAUCGUGGUGGCUUCUAGCGGAUUUUCCAAUUUUCGACGACCUGGUGAGUGUGAACCUCUUUGCGCCGCUUCUGGUUUUGAUUCUCACCUGGCUUCAGCUUCGCGGUGCCCGAGAGUCAGCGUAUUUCAGACGUUUUCAUACUUUUGGUAUUCUCAUCCCAAGAAAAUAACAGCGCAGCCAUUUUUCAUGGUGUCGAGAAAGCAAAAGUUAAAAAAGCAAAAAUGAAGGCGCUCGCUACACUACUAAUAUAUGGCUCUGCCCAUUUUUAUCACAUGUAUAAGUAUAGAUACGAUUGAUUGAUAUACGAUGCCGCCACGUGGGGGGGGCGUCGAUGCAGGCUUAUCAUUCGGCGCACUACCCCGCCCGAACUUGCGAAUCUGAACUAAUGACGAUAAUAAAGGCAGAGUCUACAACUUUUGGUGGUGCUGCUGCCGAACAGUGAUUAUAAGGCCCGUCGCUUUGGAUUUGGUCGCUUCAAUUCAGCAAAUCGAAAAUUAGCAAAAGCUAAAGCGCAGGCGCAGGGAUUUAUAUUGGGCCAAAGAACUACAUCAGGAGGAUCCGAUCUCACUGCAUCAAGUAGACCUCCGCCGACGCAAUAAAUAUUUCCGAAACUACAACGCAGGGACUUCAAUCGUCUGCUCGUCUAUGCGAAUAUGGGGCUCAUGGCGCUGUUUCAAGGCCACGGCCGAAGCCAAAUUUCCGGAAGGAACCAACUUGCCCCACCUUGUGAAAGCCCUCGCAAAAAACCCACCGCGGGCGCACCUCUGUGCGAGCCCCCUAUCAGCAAGCGCCAGUCCCUGCCGGCGAUAUCGCAUUCCGCGUGGCCAGUUAAGUUCUGAGGGGGCGGGCAGGCUAGUGCCGGCGCGGUGCGCCAAAAAGCCGAACCAGCGGCGCCGCUUUUCUAAAAGUUCCGGCCCCGGGCCCCCCGGGGGUUCUUGGGAUUCUUGGAACAAACACGCACCCGCGGGACCCCUAAAAGGGGUUUUUUCCGGAACCCUCGUAGCAUCGGGGGAAGCUUCCAAAAGUAGCGUUUUUGGCUACCCCUCCCGGAGGGUCCUCAGAAAGGGUCCCGCAGAAGAGAAAACUUUCGGGACCGGAAGCCCUCGGCCCGUAUUUCCUUUGAGGCCCCCGGCAUCCCGGCCUGCUCUCGGGCGAAGUUGGCAGAGGCCCAACAGCCUACCAGCCCUAGAGGUAGACAGGAGAAGGCGCACGCCGCCGGGGCCUGCCCCUGGUUUACAGCUUUACCAGCGCGCCCGCCCCUUCCAGUUCGUUUUUGCAGUAUCACUGCAAAAACGGCCCUGGCCUCGAAAGCUUUACCCACCAAACACAACGGCAGCAAUGCCUACCAAUGGGGCUGCCGGCCACCGGCUUCGUGCAGUGGAGCUGUGUUGCAUGUGGUUGCGCUCCGGAAGCUUGGCCCGUUGGGUGUUGCGCCCGCUUGCCAUGCAAAAAACGGGAGGGCAAUGUGCAGGCGCAAGCACCUGGUAGGUUUGGAACGGGCAAAACUUGAAGGGGGUGCCGGGGGCGUUGAUGCUUCCAACGACGACGGGUCGAUGAAGUGAAACAAGCAGUGUGGCCACUGGGUCGGCCACACAUAAUCUUUCAAGGAGGCUGCACGGGAGGUGCGGGGCAAAAAGCGCAGCGCCGUCGUGGAUGUGACCCAGGGCCGGGUCUCCAACAUCUUCUGCCACAUCGAAGGCUUGGGGAUCUCCCCUUCCAACUCCGUCCCACACUGGAAGGGCAAGGAGAGGCUGGAGGCCGCUCGGCCUUUCUUGGGGGGCGCGAUUACCUCGAAAGCCAAGUCGUCAGGUCCAAAGAUUCAAAAAUAAAACGAAUCCGUGGGCCACGACAUCGGGAGUUCUGGAGUGAGGGCGCCUCCUUAACUAGCUAUCUGAAGGAUGGAAAAACAGGCGCGAGCGUUAGAAACAACUCACACAUAAACAAGCCUGCCCGCGGUGAGAUCGACACUCGUGGACCCUGAAAUUUUUUUAUUCACUUUGAGAAGAUGCAGUUAGUAUGGCCAUAAACUACAACGCAGGGACUUCAAUCGUCUGCUCGUCUAUGCGAAUAUGGGGCUCAUGGCGCUGUUUAUUCUGCUCGGCCUGUGUAUGGAACUGUCAGGAUCGAAAUCGUCAAAGUUGAAAUGAUUUGUCAUGCAUAAAAUGGAUGCCAGUUGUAACCCAGUUUCCAAGUGGCGCAUGACAAAUUUAGGUAGAACCGAAAUCCAGUUUGUCAUGCUGUUUGGGUAAGGGCGACGCUUUUUGUCAUGCUACUUUGGCAGCUCCGUUUCUACCUCUCAACAGGCUUACAAUCUGCCUCACGUGCCAUCCCGGCAAGAGAGGCAAUGCAUGCCUUGCAUUUUAUGCAUGACAAAUCAUUUCAUGGUUUGGCGCAAUGUAAGGAUCGUUGGCGAACGUUAAACGCAUGUUGGCGAAGUGAGGACUGUUUGCGAAAGUAAGGAAAAGUUGGCGUGGGUAGGAUCUUCAUGUGCCCGAGGAUGAUGGUGAUGGCUUCGGUCCGCCUGACUCCACGACCUGGUGGCCGAACCAUCUGCGGUGAGGUGCCCUUACAGGUUGUGUAGUGGUUUCGGUCGGUUUAGCAUGACAAACCAUUUCAACUUUGUCGAUUUCAAACCUGACGCUUCCAUACUGUGCGUCUCUGACUACGAGCGUCUCCACGACGAGGUGGCCGCAACUAGCUUGGGAAACGUUCUCACCGCCACGGGCCAGGUGUACUACUCCUUCAUCGGGUUCGAUUCGGUGUGCCUUCUUUCGCAGGAAGCUCAGGACGCCUCGCGCACUAUCUAUCCUGUUUGCAGCUCUUGUGUCGAGGACCUUUUUGUGUAAAAUCACAGAUGAUGCAUAGAUACAUCACAACCAGGCGUGCGGCAGACAGAAUUUCAAUUAGUUCCAGCAGAUAGGGUAGAGUUAGAGUUAGGGCUAGCAUUCGAGUUUUUGAGAGCUGGCGUUGAAAAGUAUGGAUUUGUAGAAGUAGAUAAUCGCGUCGCCGAGCCCCGCAUUAAAUCCUUGCCGCCGACUCGAAGUCACAGGUUGUGUCGAAUAUCUGUGCAGCAGAUGCAGAUCGCAAUACUUGAUGUUUUGAAAAGUCGCGACCUGUUUGUCGUGGGGGUAAAAAUGCUUGUCGUGCUCCUGGUCAAUGACAGUGAUAUGCGGCAAAUACGCCAAGAGCCGAGUCCUGGCGUAGUCAUCAUCUGUGUUGCGCAGCCUGCCUGAACAUCAGACAAGGCUUUCUCUAGUCAUACAGCUCCGUUGGCACUUUUCCUCGGCCUGGCGUUGGUGUGCGUCCUGUAUGCAUUGGUCGGCCUGACGUUGGCUGGCAUGCAGGCGAUCUCCGAGAUUUCGACAAGCGCCCCGCUGUCGGACGCGUUUCUGGCCCACAAGCUGUACGCUUUUUAUCCGGUGAUUACGCUGGCGGCGAUGACCAACACGAUAGCGACGACUUUUUGUGGGAUCCUGGUGCAGCCCCGGCUGUGGAUGCACGUGGCGGCUGAUCACCUGCUGCCCGCCUCACUCGCGACAGUCGAUCACGACACACACCUGCCCGUCGCGGGCACGCUGGCUUCGGGCCUUAUCGCGUUGCUGGCGGCGGGCCUCUUCGAGGUGAAUCUCCUUGCCGACGUCUGUUCUGCCGGGAUGCUCGUUGCCUACUCGCUCCUCAACGUCGCGCUCCUCGUGGCCCGUUGGUGCGGGGUUCGCAGCGAGUAUUUCAGGCAUGGUGGAACAACGUCGAAAGCGCCGGCCCGGAUGAUCAGUGAACCGGUAGACGACCACCACGACUCGUCGCCAUCGUCGUCAACUCGACCUCUCUCUGCAAAGGUAAAGGAAUGUGGUCAAGAACGCCCGCCGUCAACAUUUUCCAGCAGGAGCUCUCCGCUCGAGGAAGCACUGAUACAGAAACUGGAAGAGCUCGGCUCUCAAAACUGCGUAGUGGCACUCUCACUGCUUGUCGCCGGGGCAGUGGCAGUGCCUUUCGCACUACCGGCGGCUUUGUUUUCUUCAAGGAAUAAUGAUCCUGCAGCUACUCCGUCUACAACCGCAGAUGAAUAUCUUCCCUCCCAGGACGCUGCAGUUGCGGCAGUUGGUGCUGCUGGCGCCAGCUUUACAAUUGCCGCGGAAGAGUUUCUACUGGCUGGGGCCUUGAGCCUGCUAGUGGUCGUCUGUGGCAUCUAUCUGAAGCGGACCCAGCCUCAGAUGUCUCUGUUUGAGCAAGUGUGCCCUGUUCUCGUUGCAGAAAAGGACAAGCUCGAUCAGACGAUAAAGAACAAAAACGCAAGCGACACACUCCAACCCAAGACACCUGACGAGACUAGAAGAGGCUCCACGUCUAGCUCUAGCACGUUGUCCCCGCAUCUGUUAGUGCCGACCACUGCGGCCCUGCCUCCGCAUUCAGGGACAAUGGCGCAGCAAAAGGAAAUCUGCGGCGAUAGAAGAAGUCCCGCAUGGCAUGAAGGUGCCCUCGCACCACAGAAGGAGCCAGAUACUUUUGGGAUAUUCUUCCCGUGGGUAACGCUGAUUGGCCUGAUGGCGAACUCCAUGCUGCGGAAAAUUGCCCUCGUCGCGCUCAAUUUUUUAAUAUUCAUGUUUUUACCGAAUGAGAUUGAGUUCGAGGGUGCGCGUGAGGAUAAUUUUCCAUAGCAUGAAGUUGUGCGUGAUGCGCAGUCUCGGCGAAUCGGCGCAGAACGGACUUGGACUUUGGUGCUAUACAUUGCAACAGCAUCCGCAUUUUUGACAUCGUAUGAGUAGGAACAUCUGUAUUCGCGUAGCAAUAUUUUCAUGAAGCAAACCUGCACAAGGACGAGCAAGUUUUUCAGGAGAUUGAGAGCUUGAACGACAAAGCUCAAGCUCUCAUUCUUUUGAAAAGCUUGAACGACAGGCUCAAGCUCUCAUUUUCUAUGGCGCAAGGGCAGGCACUGGCGCGGGGAGGUUGCGAGUCGCGAAGCAAAUAUUGCAUCCGUUUUGAGUAGUAUGCACUAGCUGCACAGAGAUAUAUUUAUACACUGUACCGCCGCACCAACUGAGUGCGAGCAUACCAAACAGUAAGGCCGGGGGGCAGGAGAGGGCAUAUCAUGAGCCUACUUUUAUAUGUUCACCUUCACGCUCAGCUUCUUUGGUGGCCCCGAGCCGAGUGCAAGUAUGUACACCAGGUGCGGGAUGCUUUUGUACAGGAUGGCUGCCUGUUUGGAGCGAUACUCUACUUCUCUUAUUAUUUCACCGCCGCCAGCAGCAAGAGCAACACCGCAGGCGCCGGGUCAGGGUCCAGUCCGGGGACUAAUAAAAUGGGGAGCAGUAAAUCCUCCACAUCUUCCGGGCUCACGUCACCUCUGCUGUCUUGCUAAGGAUAAGAAAUGCUGGCAUAUGUUGUGAGCAGUACUUGAAAAGUUCUGUGACCACCACGCAGAACUAGCACGACCACUCCUACGUCAGAUUGAUCAUCGUCGUGGAAGUAUGAACGCGGUCUGGAUAAAAUGACUUUACUGACAGUUGUACUUGUAGUGUUGCUGGCGUGCCGACGUGUUUCGUAGACGAAGGCGACAAGAAGAAGAACAAGAUGAUGACAAGAUCUUCCUUCCAAUUCGCCAUUCGUCGUAGAAAGCGGCUGCAACUUUUUACUACUACGCCAGAGUGACCAUGAGGCCCAGGAUGAGUACCUGUUUCCCACUUUUAUGUUUCGCUCGUGUGUAUCGAUCUGUAUCACGUGUUCAGUCUUGUUGUUAAUUCAUUGGUCAUGGCCAAAUCUUCCUAGUCCUCGGCUUCCUCUUAUGAUUCAAUGCAUAAUUGAUGAUUUUGGAUUUGGUUUUACCUUAUACCCCAUAAUGAUUUUUUCAACGAGAGCUGCAGCUGCAGCUGGGAAGUAGCCCUUGACUACGUGCUGUGUCUGAAUGUGCGUUGUGUUAGUUUUGAAGUUUGGGUUGCAUGUUGUCUCUCGACGAGUAGACGACCGAGUCGAAACCAAGACACACGAGGUUGCUGUGCAAAAAAGAAAAAAAUGAACGACGACAACGACGAGGACGCAAAGAACUAGGUACAAGUAGAGUACUUAUCGUGAAAAUCACCAAUGCAGCGUUUUCAGUUUACCAGAGGUCAUGAGCGGCCAACAUGGUUUCUUUUUCAUUUUCUAGCUUCCGACGGCCCGGGGCGCGUGUAACUUUGGGUUUGCCCCCGGCACCGAAUCAAGUGUUGCUGUUGGGAAUUUCUUUGCCCAGUGACUGAUGCAGUGUGUAUCUGCUGCUCGUGCUCGGCGUACUACUUCUCUCGCAGACGAAAUCAAGCGGCACCUCUUGAAACACAGCAAAGCAUGCUUGUAGGUACUGAAUGAUCUACUUCAUCACCAGCAUGAUAUUAAACGUACUAGGCUAGCACAUUGAAAGCGUAAAGAAGAAGAUAAAUAAUCCGG